AGAAUCUAAGCUAUAUGGACCUUCCAAACUCUGAACUUCUAUUUGAGAUCCUCACAAGAAGAAUCUCUCUGCUCAAAAAGUUCAAUUCCCUCCUACAAGCCAGGGACGGGACCUCCCUAGUGAGGUCCCGGCAUAGUGGCAUGUUGGAAUAUCUGGAAAUGAAAGGAGAGGCAGCUGGAUCAUAUAAUGAUACAUCUCUGGACUUGUUCACAUAUUUCUCUUCAGCUUUGUACUUCACAGGGAAUAAGUCCCGUGCUGUAAAAUUUUCCUUGAAUAAUUUCGUAUCUCAGAACUAUGAAGUAAUUUCUAAUAUCUUGGAUGAUCUGGGCCUCCAAGACAGCAAAAUGGAGAAUUAUAUUUCAAAUAUUAUGAAUGGUGAGUAUGACUUUGAGAUUACACUUGUGCUUCUCUGUGCUAUGUACAAUCUCAACCCAGAGAUUUAUUUCCAAGAUGAUGAGAUUGCUGACUCCUUUCCAGAUGAGAUAUGCCAAUGCAUUCUUCCGACUGGAGAUGGAAACAUAAAGAAGUUUAUUAUUUCUCUACCAGAAAUACACACGAGAGAGGAAGACCAUGUAUCAGACUACCUUGACCAAGAAUACCACAAGAUGUACUUAGAAAGAGAUUCUGAAGAUGCUCUGAGAGAAUCCAUCAAAAUCUCAAAAAUUGCUUUGAAGAAAGAUCUCUUUGUGGUUAUACUGAAGCACGGAAGUUGUCAGGAAAAGUUGUCUAAAUAUUCAAUUGAGCUUCCCUCCAUGAAUACACCCUCAGUUGUCGAUUCUCAGGCGAUUAUAAAAGACAUUUUGGAUGGACUGGAUUCGAAAUAAUGGCGACGAAGAGUUCUAUAACUUAUCAAUAAAUAAGGAAAAAGAAAUUUCCAAAAAUGAUUUUAUGAGUAGUAAUACCAACACCCCCAAUACUGCAAGUAAUCUUUCAAAUAGAAGUGCUUCAAAUAAGAGAAUCGACUCAUUAAAGUCCAAAUUGAAAACAAGUUCAAGAGCCUACUGCAAAUACAAAGGAAGACACGUUAGCCCAGACUCAACGUCAUUGAACAACGAAGAUCCAGGAGGCUUUGACCUUUUUAAUCAGCAUGGUAAUCAUGACUCUGAAGAUGAUAAUCAUAUGGAGAAGCUUGUCAGUCAUGUGUUCAAUGAUCAAGACUCUCCAAGUCACAAGAAAUUCUAUCCUAACAAAUCUUUUAAAAAUAAAUAAUGAAGAUAAUAUAUCUGUAUCAACAAACUCAGAAAAAGAGGACAAGUGUUCUUCUACUCCUAAUAUUUUUAUUCAUGAAGAGCAAAAAGACAAAAUGCCUGAGAAUCUUGUUGAAUACCCUAAAAGAUUCUCAGAUAAUCAAAUCGACGUGAAGUCCUCUAAAUCUGUCCCAUACCAAACACUAGAUCCUGUUUUCCCAAAAACUGAGCAAAAAUUCACACCACAGAAGGCAAAUUUCCAUGGCUACCACCAACCAAUCCAGCACAUACAAAACCAUCAACACUACAUUCAGCCUAGGUACCAUCAAAAAUCCCCUAAUUUCCAUCCUGGCAACUCUUAUCCUCCUCAAUAUCACCAUCAGGCUCAUAUUCAGCCUGCUCACGGUGGGUAUUACCAACAGAUGCACAACAGCAUCCACCCUAAUUACAGUUACCAUCAUUCUGUACCUUUCCAACAGAACUACCCUCAUUAUUCUCUGUAUCAACCUGCCUUCAAUCACCUCCCAGAAGCCCACUCAGUACCAGCCCUGCAUAAGCAGGGCUCUUUUUCUGCAAAGAACGUCAAUUUCGUCAAGCAGAACCUGACUCCUCCAGGGUACUCUUCUUUUGGACAGAGUCUGCCCCAUAGCUCGCAAGAGCUACUCAGAAUUCCUCCAGGGAAGGCUACUCCUUCAGGCAUCAAGCAGAAGAACAUCUCUUCACCAAUGCUGUACAGCAAAGAGCUUGGACUGAAAGGAGUAAACUCCUUGGGCCUGGCCGAUCCUAAUCAGGAUAGGCCAACUUCAAUCUCUUCUCCUGUUAAUAGCCCUCUGAUGAAGAAGCAAGGGUCUAGUAAGGAAGAGAAGAAAGAACAAAAAAGUUCAACUACUAAAUAAGCCCAAGAACAAGAGAAAUAAAAAUGACAAGAGGAAUAAAGAUCGUAAGUCUGGCAGACUUAAGUUCUUUACUGAAUCCAAAGACUAUGGAUUCAUAGUCAUUGACAGAACUAAAGAAGAAAUGUUUGUACAUUAUGAUGACCUGAAGAAAACCAAUAUCACCAAGGAAUUACUCUCUAAAAGCAAGAAUAGGUACUCUAUACACUUCACCUUUCAUGUCUUUGAAUAUGAAGGUAAAAAGGCUAAGUCGAAGAAGGCAGUUGAUAUAAAACUGGUGUCUAUUAACAAGAUAGACUCAACGGAUGACAGCGAGAUUCCUGAACCAGUACUCCUUGCUGAGGAGCUAUCUCCUCAGCAAGAAAUAGAUGAGGAGCUUCUUUCCUCAUUCUUCCACUCGUAACCCUAUACUAUCUUUAUUUUAUCAAUCA